GUUCUACUACAAUCUUCAACAGAGUGCUCCAAAAAUUGCUAAAUUCGCGUCGUUCUCUUUACCCUCAUGGACUUCCACAUAUGAGACGGUUUAUUUAUUAUUUUUAUGUGAAAUAAUCACAUAAAGCAAAAUGUCUCGUAAAAAGAACGUAGAAGAGACUGACAAGCUUACUAGAAUUGCCAUAGUCAAUUCUGAUAAAUGUAAGCCGAAGCGUUGCCGACAAGAAUGCAAGAAGUCAUGUCCGGUCGUGCGAAUGGGAAAGCUAUGCAUUGAAGUGGCCCCAAACAGUAAGAUCGCGGCAAUUUCGGAAGAGCUGUGCAUUGGUUGUGGUAUUUGUGUCAAGAAAUGCCCCUUUGAAGCUAUAACAAUUAUCAACCUCCCCAGCAAUUUGGAGCGAGACACAACUCAUCGUUAUGGCAAGAAUUCUUUUAAACUGCAUCGGUUACCCAUCCCUCGACCGGGCGAAGUACUGGGGUUGGUAGGAACGAAUGGUAUUGGAAAAUCGACCGCUUUAAAAAUACUGGCGGGCAAACAGAAGCCGAAUUUGGGCCGUUUCUCUGAUCCGCCAGAUUGGACGGAGAUUUUAGCCCAUUUUCGCGGUUCAGAAUUGCAAAACUACUUCACUAAAAUAUUGGAAGACGACCUGAAGGCUCUAAUUAAACCUCAGUACGUAGAUCAGAUUCCUAGGGCAGUUAAGGGAACCGUUGGGCAGUUGUUAGAUAAAAAGUCCGAAAUGGAUAAUCAAGAGGAGAUUUGUACAAUGCUUGACUUGAAUGGGAUAAGAGAUCGGGACAUUAUCAAUUUAUCGGGCGGUGAGCUGCAACGUUUCGCCUGCGCAAUGGUCUGCAUUCAAAAUGGAGACAUUUUUAUGUUUGACGAGCCCUCAUCGUAUCUAGAUGUUAAACAGAGAUUAAACGCUGCGCAAACCAUCCGGUCUUUGCUCCAUCCCGAUAAAUUUAUAAUUGUCGUCGAGCACGACUUGAGCGUCUUGGAUUACUUGUCGGAUUUUAUUUGUUGUCUUUACGGAGUGCCUGGAGCGUACGGAGUAGUUACUAUGCCCUUUUCUGUACGAGAAGGUAUUAACAUUUUCUUGGACGGAUUUGUGCCGACCGAAAAUUUGCGGUUCCGCGACGAAUCCUUGGUGUUCAAGGUGUCGGAUUCCGCAACCGAGGAAGAAGUGAAACGUAUGACUCAUUACGAAUAUCCGGUUAUGAGUAAAACAAUGGGAUCCUUCAAGUUGGAGGUGCAGAAGGGUCAGUUUUCCGAUUCGGAAAUUUUGGUGCUGCUCGGCGAGAAUGGAACCGGAAAAACUACCUUUAUUAGAAUGCUAGCUGGUAACUUGGAAGCGGACAGUGGUUCUGGUGAACUGCCCCAACUUCACAUCAGUUAUAAGCCGCAGAAGAUCAGUCCGAAAUCUCAGGGAAUUGUCAGGCAGUUACUGCAUGAAAAAAUUCGUGACGCUUACAUUCAUCCACAGUUUAUUACGGACGUAAUGAAACCUUUGAAAAUUGAGGACAUUAUGGACCAGGAGGUGCAGAAUUUAUCCGGAGGAGAAUUGCAACGUGUCGCGAUGACUUUAUGCCUUGGCAAACCGGCGGACGUCUACCUCGUCGAUGAACCCAGUGCUUACCUCGACUCCGAGCAACGUUUGGUAGCCGCAAAGGUGAUCAAGAGAUUCAUAUUGCACGCGAAGAAAACAGGUUUCGUGGUCGAGCACGACUUUAUCAUGGCAACUUACUUGGCUGAUCGAGUUAUCGUCUUUGAAGGACAACCGUCUGUUAGUACCAUCGCUCAUUCCCCCCAAACAUUGUUGGCAGGAAUGAACCGAUUUUUGGAGCUGUUGGGAAUUACAUUUAGAAGAGAUCCUAAUAAUUUUAGACCUAGAAUUAAUAAGCAGGAAUCUGUUAAGGACGUCGAACAGAAAAGGGCUGGGCAGUAUUUCUUUUUCGAGGAUUAAGCAUUUGUUUUUUUAAUGGUCAAUUGGAAACUUGUGUAUGAAAUACAUUUUUGGAGUUUAUAUAAAAUGCUUACUUUUAAGUGAAAAUGUUAAUUCCAUAAUAAUGACAUUUCUAUUCGUUUAAUAAAAAUAAUUUUUAAAAAAUUG